AACACAGUCGUCCAAUCACAAAAUAAGUCGAAGGGGGAUUUUUGCUCUAUAUUUGUCUCAGAACUUCAAGUCCAGCGGUGUUCUGAAUGAGGCUUGUCACCCCAGCGUGGUUGAGACAUGGCAGAAGAUCCAUUGAAGAGCGAUGCCUCGGCUGGGGAGGGGGACACCGAGCCCAGCAUGCUGCUGCAGAAACUUAAGAGCAACAUUUCUAAAAAUGUGCAGAGUAAAGUGGACAAAAUUUUGGAAGAUGUGCAGCGUUUCUCUGAUAAUGAUAAGCUCUACCUUUAUCUUCAACUACCCUCAGGUCCAAGUGCAGGAGAGAAGAGUGGUGAUUCUAACUCGGUCAACACGGCCGACCAGCUUCACACCUGCAACUGGAUACGUAGCCACUUGGAAGAACAUCCUGACACCUGCCUGCCUAAACAAGAUGUUUACGAGACAUACCGGAAGCACUGUGACAACCUACAGCAUCAGCCUCUGAGUCCAGCAAACUUUGGCAAAAUCAUCCGCGACAUCUUCCCUAACAUUAAAGCACGAAGAUUGGGUGGAAGAGGACAAUCCAAAUACUGCUAUAGUGGAAUCCGUAGAAAAACCGUGCUAAACAUGCCAUUACUGCCCAACCUCGACCUCAAGAAUGACCCGUCUGAGCUGACAGAACUGGUGCAGACCUACAAGCAAGAGGUCACUGAAGCUGCUUGUGAGCUCAUCUGUGACUGGGCCCAGAAGAUUCUCAAGCGUUCUUUUGACACAGUGGUGGAGAUCGCACGCUUCCUUGUACAAGAGCACAUUGUUAACCCACGCUGCAGCCAAGCCGAGCUUGUCACCUCAGCCGCUCUUGCAGGAGGAACUUCUAAACCUCAUAAGGUGAUUAAAAAGACGCCAGCAACAUCUCGAACAGGAGCAGAGGAAGAAAGCGGCAGCGUGGAAAAUAAGCAAAAGGAGAAAGAUGGUGUUGAACAACCUCCAGCUAACAAACAGCCGGUCAGUGAUAAACCACCCAACAAGGUUGAAUCUGCUCGUAUGGAGGCCUGCAUGAAAAAGUUUCACCAAAUCCUUCCCAGAGGCUCUAUCCCCGAGAAAACAUCACCGACGUGUCUCGCUCCCUCCGACUCGGGCAAUGUCCAGGUCACUUUGCCCAUAACUGUUGCAACCAUACCGUCCCAGGCAGGCGCUACAGUCCCGUUCAUGGUCACAGUCGCAACCUCUGCUGCCCCAACCCCGGUUGGCCCCAGAGCCCGACCACCUGCUACUAAAAGAGGCCCUGAUCCCUCAGCAUCAGCCCCUGGGUUGGGCGCUGUUCCCAUGAAACGUAAAAGAGGACGACCCAGGAAGCAAAGACCGGAAGAUGCAGUACCACAAGUACAACUAGGCCAACCGUCGAAUCCUAAUCCAGCUUUGCUCACGGGAGGAGUGAUCCAAAAGGCCAUGUCUUCCUGUGCACACGCUCAUCCUUCACAGUUACUGGAAUUCAUGAUCCAGGACCAGCAAAGCCUGGUGCUCAGUCAACUUCCUGCUGUACAGGAAGUGACAGACGCUGAGCGAAGGGUCGUGUUGGGGCACUGUCAGGCUGCCCCUGAACCAGAGAAUCAUCAAUCUGUUGUGAUAUUGCCGGGGCCCAACCAGCCCAGCUACGAGUUGAGCCGGGGCGUGGUCAUAAAGCGAGCGCCGCUGUCCAGAGAGGGAAGGCCUGUUAGUCAAGAAGCCGUGUUGCACCUUCCGCCACCGACAAUAGUAGGGGACAGAGGUGAAGUGGAAAUAACUCUGACUCCUGUGGAGGACGAUUCCAUGCUCAACUCAACGGGCAUCUCCAGCUCCUUUGGCUCCCCGUAUGGAGAAACCUUAAAACCGGACACCCCAUAGCAGCAGCACACCGGCCACAUACUUCUCAUCUGAGACAUCAAGAUUGCCUUUCCAGAGCUUCUGUGAAUUGCAAACUAGCUUGAGAUCAAAAUGAGGUUUACCACGAUUGAUCUGCCAUUCAAAGGGUGUCUAAAACAAUAUUGAGUACGAUCUGUCAUUGUUGCAGUGGACAGUUGUGCUUCAACCAAACGCCUUUAACCGGAACUACACUCUCGAUAUUUUAAUAAUAUUAGCUUCAAAAAGAAGUACAUUAGUGUGUUAUUUCUGUGCAACCAAACAAAAUUACAAAGGUAAUGAUUGUUGCCAAACAGGUGUCAAACUCUCCCUCUAUCACUCAUUGGUUGGACAAAAGAAAGUCCGGCUGGUGCAGAAAUGACACACUUGACCUUUAAGAGAUUAUGAAUUGUAUAUUCAAGUGGCCUAAACUAUUAGAACAAAUGAUUUGACUGUUUCUAAGAUGGUGAAGUCACAUAAGUUUAACAUAUUAGUCAAAUUGUAGUUGAAAAGGACUGAUAUUCUCAUAUAUAACAGUUGGAUCUGCUCCAGCUCUGACGUGUAAAUCGAAUAGGAGUGACGUUUAAAAGAGGUCAUUCAUCAGAGUUAACAAGGAACUGCUUACCGUCUGUUGAUGCCGUUCGUCCCCUGUGCCAUAAGAAGGCAGUCGUCUUUUAUUGCUCUUACCGUCUUUGCAUGGUCGUGUUUGUGAACAUGAAUUGAGACAUUCGAGUGCGUUUCUAGCUGUUCAGAUAACUAAGAGUGGUAUUACGGGUUUGUAACUUCAGGGUUCUAAAAGCUUACGACGACCAUAAGUCCCUCCCUCACCUAAUAUUUACACAUUCAGUUUUUAACUAUAAUUUAUGUCAUAUAUAACAGAUAUAUCAAACCUCUGAAGUAACACAACGUGGGGGUCAAGAAAACAAAGACCUCUUUAAGUCCCUUUAAAAUAUGCAAAUAAAACUGGGGUUUAGGGCUGGUAAACGAUUUAUCACAAUUAAACACAUCUAGAAGAAAAGUUUGUGUUAACGUCAUCCAUGUCUUUGUACUGUGCAUAUUAAUGUUGUAUUUAUAAAGACAUACACAUACAUGCAUAUCUUGAAAAAUAUAAAACAUUUAAAAAUGAAUUAACAUUUAUAUAUAAUUACAAUUAUUGUUAAAAAUAAUGUAAAUAUGUAUACACAUACGUGUAUGUUUUAAUAAAUACAAAAUUAAUUUGCACCGUACACAGAUAUAUAUUUUGUAAACACAAACGUUUAUUCUGGAUGUAAUUGAUCGGGAUAAAUCGUUUGACAACCCUACUGUGGUUUUAGGAUUCCUUUCAAAAGCACCUGCGUCAAAGUCUGACCAGUUCACUGACCAGUUUAAGCAACAAAAUUGAGCACUUAACAGAUGUAAAUAGUUUAUCAGUAAGCCUGAAAGGAUAUCAGAGUAAGUGAAGCAUACAAGAACGAAUUUGAAAUGUUUUAUUUUCUAAUUGUUGCAAAUGUACAGCCAUCGUCACAAUAUUGCUACUAUGAAAUAUUCUUAUUAUUAGUUAUUAGAAAAGUGUGCACUGGCACCCUAAAAGCAUGUGCAAAAUUAUAAGAAAACAUUUGAUGAAUUUAUGAAAUUUGAUGAUUUUAAAUUCAAGCUGGAAUAUGUGCUAAAUAUUUAUCUAUACAAAUUUUACAGAGAUUAAGCCUCAACAACCUGUUUUCAGUUUAAAUUUAAAGGAGAAUUCUCCCCCGUUUUAAAUAGCUUUAAACGAUUAUUGUAUUCGUUUGUUUUGCACACCGUAGCCAGAAGCCUACUUUUAUGUUACUUUGAACUGCUGAAGUUAAAAAUGUGAGGAAAAAAACGUAAUAUACAGCUUAUAUUUACUAAAUAAUAAUAUAAAAGAAUAUACAUUCUUUUAAAGCAGUUUUUGGUGCAUUUUGACAAAGGUUGUUGAUGGUUAAAAGGCGUUUUUAAAGGCACUUAACAUAUAAAGCAACUCCGAUUAUGUAUGAAGAGAUUUAGAGUCAGAUGUUAAUAUUUAUUGAAAUGCUGUAGUCAAAUAUGCGAGAUGGUAAAUGAGUAUGGGUGAUCAUUUUACUGUCGAGUAACGGUGCUUUAAAAAAGCUAAACGGGUUGAUGGUGCUGAUUUUGGGUUGAAUGGUGGGGUACUUACGGUCUCUGUGCAUCAGCGGCAGAGCGGCUGUCAGACAGUCUGCUGCAUCACUAUCAAUCACAUUUAGGCUUGUGAAAUGAUGUGCCGUAUAUUGAAGAGGCAAAAUCUACAAUUCUGGACACGUGUUGUUUUUACAGUAAAUUGUGAAAAAGUUCAUUAUAUUUCCAUUUAGUUUCAUUCGUUGACCUUAAUUUUCUUAUUUCAGAUUUAUUUUUCCACUAAGAGGCAGUGCACAGUUAACCUGCAAUGUUACAAAUCAAACUUCUGCAUAAUAAUGUUAAUGUUUAUGUCAAUGUUCAGACUAAAACCUUUCACAGACAAAGCAAAUUACACGAAUAACCUAAAUCAUUUGAAUUGCUGCUUAAUUUAUGAGAUUACAUUCAAAUCAUAAAUGAGAAAUAUAAUGAAUGCGAAUCAUCGCAUCUGGCUCAAAGCAGCAGUUUGUUAUGCUCCACAAAAGAAGUUAAUAAGUGUUCAAGCAUUGAAAGCAGUUUAAUGUUUCCCAGUGAAUAACCUUUAGAAUAGGCAAGCAAAUUAUUAUUUAUGUCCAUUAAUGCUUUAAUAUUAAUAACCUCCUUAUUGUCCAUCAACAUUUUUAUUAUUUGCAAGUACACAUGACACCACAGAAAUGUAAAAUGUUAAUUACAACAUAGUGCCUCAUACAAACCACUGUGCUCUGUAAAUAUCCAUUCUUCUUUGCAUUAUUUAUAAUGUCGGGUUUUAGCUCUGAAGCUCUGAGUGGUUUUUGUGUUUACUCUUUGGUUCAAACUGUUGCCCCAAAAAUAGGAAAACCAAAACGACCCGCUGUGUCAAAGGGACGAUUGUGUGUUGGUCAUUCUUAUGUUGUGACAAAAUCUAAAGCUGCCAAACAAGACUUGUGUAGUACUGUUAAACAGCAUAAAUCCUGUUUUGUUUUAGAUUGACUUAGUGGAAAUAUCUGUUCAUAUGUUGUGAGUGUCAGUAAUAUACCAUGAGUUGACCUGUCAUUUGUACCACAGACAUCUAAUAUGUCUAUUGCUUUUUUCGGAUUACUGCUCAGUCCAUGCAUGGUUUGUGUUUUGAGUACACUUUAAAAAAGUUGUUAUAAUGUCAUACAAAUGUCUGGCUGGAUUUGAAGUUAUGCCAUUUCUCUAAAAAAAGAUGAAAUCUCUGGUGUUUGUUUGCACUUUAAUUUUCUUAACGGAAAGCACACGGGGGAAAAGAAUAAAUGCAGCACCUAAUAUGUUGUUUGUUUUUGUACUUGCGUUCAUAAAGUUUCUUCUGUAUUUUCUGUUUUACAUGUUUGAACUGUAAAAAGAAUCUUCCAUUUGAAAAAAACAAUCUCUGACUGUGAGCACAUUUUCAUAAAUCAGCACUAAUAAAAAGCUAUGUAUAACGUGUUUCUUUA